AUGAAGCUGCCGCGGCGCGCGUGGCGGCACCGGACGGCGCUGGUCCUGGGCGGCCUGGCGCUGUGCGGCGCCGCGCUCCUCUAUCUGGCGCGCUGCACGGCCGAGGGCUCUCGCACGUCGCCAGGCCUCGGCCCCGGGCCCCUGCUCGCCGGGCCCGGGCGCGCCGCCGCCUUCCUGGCCGUGCUGGUGGCCAGCGCGCCGCGGGCGGCCGAGCGGCGCAGCGUCGUCCGCGGCACGUGGCUGGCGGCGGCGCGGCGAGGUGGCCCGGGCGAUGUGUGGGCGCGCUUCGCGGUGGGCACGGCCGGCCUGGGCGCCGAGGAGCGGCGCGCUCUGGAGCACGAGCAGGCGCGGCACGGGGACCUGCUGCUGCUGCCCGCGCUGCGCGACGCGUACGAGAACCUCACCGCCAAGGUGCUGGCCAUGCUGUGCUGGCUCGACGAGCACGUGACCUUCGAGUUCGUGCUCAAGGCGGACGACGACUCGUUCGCGCGGCUGGACGCCCUGCUGGCCGAUCUGCGCGCCCGCGACGCAGCGCGCCGCCGCCGCCUCUACUGGGGCUUCUUCUCGGGCCGCGGCCGCGUCAAGCCCGGGGGUCGCUGGCGCGAGGCGUCCUGGCAGCUCUGUGACUACUACCUGCCCUAUGCGCUGGGCGGUGGCUACGUGCUCUCCGCCGACCUGGUGCACUACCUGCGCCUCAGCCGAGAGUACCUGCGCAUGUGGCACAGUGAGGAUGUGUCGAUGGGCGCCUGGCUGGCGCCCGUAGACGUGCAGCGCGAACACGACCCGCGCUUCGACACCGAAUACAAGUCUCGUGGGUGCAGCAACCAGUACCUGGUGACGCAUAAGCAGAGCCUGGAGGACAUGCUGGAGAAGCACCAGACGCUGGCGCACGAGGGCCACCUGUGCAAGCAGGAGGUGCAGCAGCGCCUCUCCUACAUCUACGACUGGUCUGCGCCUCCCUCACAGUGCUGCCAGAGGAAGGGGGGCAUCCCCUGAGCCCUGCUGCGGUGGCGGGGUGGCUGCCGCGGGUCCCUGUGGGAGCCCCGGCAGUCUCACAAUGGGGGAGCUGACAUGUCUGGCUGAUUGUCUGGGACGCGUCCAGCCCUCGAGGGGAACCUAGUGUAUCCGGUGACCAGCGGGGCUUUCGGGCAAACACCAUGCAGUAGCGGACAGCUCGUAGGCCUCAAGUCCUGUCAGUGAGCGUUCCUCCGGUCUUGCUUCAAAGCACCUUGUUCUGAGUCUGGGAGACCCUGGGGCUUGCCAGGGCAAUGCGUCGCGUCCAGGUAGAAGUGACCUGCCCCCGGAUUCCAGCCAGCAUUUGCCCGGACUGGGCAGAAGCCCAGGUUCAGGUGUGAGUUGGGAAGAACCUUCCCCUUCUGCAGGAGCUUCUGGCCCCAAAUCCCCCGCCCCGCCCCGCCCUGUCUGCCUGCUGUCCUGUCCUAAGGCAGGAACAAGGAGCUAAAGGCUGGAGCUGACCCCAGACACAGGUCUGACUUGUUCUGGGUGGGGACUGCGUCAUGUCCUGCAUCCACGGUACUGACCGUCCACCUGGGACCCCACAGCACUGAGAGCUACAACGGCUGCAAGCCAACCGCAGGCCCUGACCAGUUGCAACUCAGCUGUGUUGCAAUCAAGUGGCUUUUAUGGGAACUGCUGCUGUCUGGUUCAGCCAGGUUGCCUCCUUUAUGUCUCCUGUUGGUGUUAUUUAUGUGUCAGUCCGAGAUGGAGCUUCGUUUUAUGUUAAGUGGUUUUGGUCUCCGUGUCUCCUCUCGAGUGAAUUUGGGGUAAAUGCCAUUCAGCGCCUGCCUGUGAUUUAUUUAUAAACAUUGUACGUUUGUGUAGAUAAGAGUUUCAGUUGGGAGUGUGUGGGUCUGGAUGUUUUUUAAAUUAUUUGGGAAGACUUUUCUAUCACAACUUGGAAUUCUUGGAUUAAUCUGUUUCUACAGUGUGAACUGUAGACCCGUUGCUGCAUGUGUGUUUAAACACAGAAGAAUUUUU